GCAGAAAUCCCCCUCUAAAAACCACCUUUCGAUUCUGAUUAGUUUACUCUGUUUCCAGUGAAAGCGUUGCAGAAGCAAGGAAGAAGAAGAUUGGAGGGGUGAGAGAGUCGUCGUCGUCGGAGGAUGGCGAGUGGGUCGUUGGGGUUGGAGGAGACCGAGCUGCGCCUGGGGUUGCCCGGCGGCGGCGGCGGGGAAGCCGAGGCCGCGAAGAACUCCUGCAAGAGGGGGUUCGCUGAGACUAUCGAUCUGAAGCUGAAGCUUCAGACCCCGGUGGACGCAGAGGAACAGAUCAUGGAGAAAGCAAGAGGCAGCUUGCCGAGCCAGAGGAACCUUGGUGUUUUCUGUGGCAGCGAUCCCGAGAAGCCACCUGCUCCCAAGGCACAGGUUGUGGGUUGGCCUCCAGUUCGAUCAUUCAGGAAGAACAUCCUCUCAGCUCACUCUGAGAAGGGAAGCAAGGAGGGAGGUGAGAAGCCCGGCAACCCGGUGGCCGCCUUCGUCAAGGUCAGCAUGGACGGCGCUCCGUACCUCCGUAAGGUGGAUCUGAAGAUGUACAGAAGCUACCAAGAGCUCUCCAUGGGCCUGCAGAAGAUGUUCGGCUCCUUCACCAGUGGAAACUGUGGCUCUCAGGGGAUGAGCGGGAGGGACUUCAUGAACGAGAGAGAGGUGAUGGAUCUUCUGAAUGGAUCUGAGUAUGUGCCAACCUACGAAGACAAGGAUGGCGACUGGAUGCUCGUCGGAGAUGUUCCAUGGGAGUAUGUUUCUAUGUUGUCGAGGGAACUGCAGGCCAUUGAAAUCUUUGUGAUCAUCCUGUUUCAGUUGUUCUUACAAACUUGCAUCACUGACUCCAUUUCAACUUGGUCCAGGAUGUUUGUUGACUCCUGCAAGCGUCUGAGGAUAAUGAAGGGAUCAGAAGCCAUUGGACUUGCCCCAAGAGCCAUGGAGAAAUGCAAGAACAGAAGCUGAAGAUUCCUCCUUCAUCACAGCACAGUGACAACAACAAACACCUUGCUGGGUUUGGAUCGAGUGGUGCAUCUGCAUGUGUAUUGUGCUUCCACAUAUGUUAGUGAUAUAUAUGUUUGUCAGCAUCAUUUCUUGAUUGUUUUAUUUUUAUCUCUUUUCAUGUCUGUGUUGCCCCCUGUUGGUGUGUUUAAUAGAUUGUUCAACAUGUUAUUAAUAUAUGUAGUGUGUGGGUUUGCAUCUA